AUGGAUUGUGAUGAAACUUUUAAUUAUUGGGAACCUUUAAAUUUAUUAAUUCGUGGAUUUGGUAAACAAACUUGGGAAUAUUCACCUGAAUUUAAUAUUAGAUCUUAUGCUUAUUUAAUUCCAUAUUUUUUUACAGGUAAGUUUUGUCAACUACUAAAUUUAAAUUCGGUUCAAAUUUUUUAUUUUAUACGAAUUAUUAAUCUUGUUGGAUUUACUAGUUAUUGUGAAAUUAAAAUGUUUUGGACUUUGAAUGACUUGAAUUUAGGGAAUAUUGCCAAUUGGUUUUUAUUUUUGAGUUCAAUUAAUGUUGGAAUGAAUCAUGCAGGAGUUGCUUUAUUACCAAGUUCAUUAGCUUUACAAACUGUAUUAUUAGCUAAUUCUUAUAUAUUAAAAAGUUUUAAACAAGAUAAAGAAUCAAAUUUAUUGAAAGCUGUAUUUUGGUAUUUUAUUGGUGGGAUUUUAGGAUGGCCUUUUGCUUUAGCUUUAGGGUUACCUUUGGGGAUUUUUGUUUUAAUACAAAUAGCUUAUCAAAAAUUAAAUUUUACUAUAUUAUUUAAAAUUAUUGGAGUUUUGGGAUUAGUUAUAACUCCAAUUGUAAUUAUUGAUUCAAUUUUAUUACAAAAAUUAGUAUUUAUACCUUUAAAUAUUGUAUUAUAUAAUGUAUUUGGAAAUGAAGGAGAAGGACCAGAAAUUUUUGGUACGGAGCCAUUUAGUUAUUAUGUUUUGAACUUAUUAUUAAAUUUUAAUAUUGUUUUACCUAUUGCAGUGGUUGGAAUCUUGAUAAAUCCAUUCAUUGCGAAGCUAAAAAGUUUUAAUUGGUUAUUAUCAAGUCAAUUAUUAAUUUGGUUUAUUAUAUUUGGAUCUCAACCUCAUAAAGAAGAAAGAUUUAUUUAUCCUAUUUAUUCAUUAAUUAUAUUACUGAGUUCAAUAUUUAUAUCAAAAUUUUUUACAAUUUUAAAAAAAUCUAUAAAAUUAAAUAAAUUUAUUUAUUAUUUAUUACAAUUUGGGUUUAGUUUUACUGUAUUCUUGGUAUCAGUAUUGAGAAUAUUAAAUUUAGUUGAAAAUUAUUCUGCACCUUUAAAAAUAUUUGAAACUGUUAGUCAAUUACCAGAACCAGAUAAUUCUGAUAUUAUAAAUAUUUGUAUGGGUAAAGAAUGGUAUCAUUUUCCCACAUCAUUCUUCUUACCAAAUCAAUAUAGAUUAAAUUUUGUUGAAUCUGGUUUUGAUGGAUUAUUACCAGGAAAUUUCCAUGAAUCUGGUAGUCUAAUUGAUUCAAUUACAUAUAUUCCAAAAAAUAUGAAUAAUAAAAAUAAAUUUGAAAAAGAUAAGGUAAUUGACUUACUGGAUUGUGAUUAUUUUAUUGAUAAUAAUCAAUUAAAUAGUAUACCACAAUUAAUUUUACCAAGUUUAACUGUUGACAAGAACUGGAAAUUAAUUAAUCAUGAGAAAUUGAUUAAUCCUGAUGGGAAGCAUAAUGUGAUUGGGAAAUUAAUUUAUAUUCCUCCCAGUUUAAGAAAAUACAUACCAUAUAAAGUAGAAUAUAUGGAAUUUUGUCUAUUGAAACGAAUAAAAAAGGAUAUUGAUGAUCAAGUUUAA